AUGAGUCGGUUCCCUUUUACCGUCUCUUCCCCUACCGCACUGCCCCUCUCCCUCCCCCGCCGCUCUUCCUCGCUCCGGGUCACUGGUGACUCAGGUCCUACUGGGGGUGGUCCUGCUCGGGGUGCUACUUCUGGGGGUGCUGAGCCUGGGGGUGCGGAGCUUGAGAGUGUGGAGCCUGGAGGUGCUGAGCCUGCGUGUGAGGGGUCUGGAGGUGCUGGAGCUAGUGGUUCUGGGGCUGCUGAGGGUGCGGGCGCUGGAGGUUCUGGAGCUGCUGGAGGUCCUGGUGCUGGUGGCGCUGGAGCUGCUGAGGGUGCUGGCGCUGAGGGUUCAGAGUCUGCUGUUGCGCGGUCUCCUUGGAGUAGCCGCCUUCGUCCACGUGUGCCUCUCACCUCACAGCAGCUGCACGACUGGUACGGUCGCCGUCAGGGUCGCGCUGCUGGAGCCCGGGGCUCUACUGCUGGAGGUACUUCUGCUGCCGUCCCUGGAGCUAGGAGUGGUGCUGGUACUUUGUCUACUGGAGGUGCUUGA